CGACGGCAGGCCUUCGGGCCCGUUCCUUCGCGGUUUGUGACAGCACACCGGUGCGUUGGUGUGCGUGCGACGGUGCAAUCGGUGAAGGUGAAGCAAAAUAGUGCAAUCCGGAAAAUCGGCGACCGCGAGUUGCGGAGAAGAAAGAAAAGUGUAACUCACAACCCACAACAAACCGGCCCAGUGGGAGGUGACCGUCGGGCGCGAGUUAGCCCGUGGGUGUGCGGCGCACCGCGCGCGCGACACUCACGGAGCGGCUUCUGGAUUCCGGCUCCUUCCUUCUUCGGAGAAAGAAAACGAAAAAAGUGGUGGUGCACGGCAUAAAAAAUGGAACAAUUUGAGCAACUACUGACGUGUUGCGUGUGCCUCGAUCGGUACCGCAACCCGAAGCUGCUACCAUGCCAGCACUCGUUCUGCAUGGAGCCGUGCAUGGACGGUCUGAUCGACUACGUCAAGCGACAGGUGAAGUGUCCAGAAUGCCGAGCGGAGCACCGGAUACCGUACCAGGGCGUGCAGGGCUUCCCGACCAACGUCACCCUGCAGCGGUUCCUCGAACUCCACAUCGAGAUCACUGGCGAACUGCCAGAUCCGACGUCCGGUCAGAUAAUGGAGCGGUGCAACGUGUGCUCGGAGAAGGCGUACUGUGCGCUGUGCGUGCACUGCGACAAGAAGAUCUGCCCGGACUGUAAGGGGGCGCACAUGGACAUACUGCGGCGUGAGAUCAGCCGCAUCAACAACCAGAUCCGGCGCGGGCUCCACCGGCUGAAGGAGGUGCUGGCGGUGGUGGAGAAGAACGCCUCGAACCUGCAGAACAAUUGCACGAGCGUGUCGGAGGAGGUGGACGAGAUCUACCGCCGGCUGCAGAAGGCGCUCAAGGACCGGACCGACCACCUGCGCCACGACAUGGACAAGUACAUGUCGACCGAGCUGAAGAACGUCGUCACGCUCAAGGAGAACCUCGAGCAGGAGAUCGCCAACAUCCAGAGCAACGCGGACCUGGCGGAGAAGUACAUGAACGACACGGUCGAGUGGGACGACUGCGAGCUGAUGGACACGAAGGAGAUCUUCCUGCGCACGGUCGACUUCAUCCGCAACUUCGACUGCGAAACGAUGGACUACAGCCGGAAGGUGCGCUUCAUCAUGAACAUCGACCCGAACAAGCUCAUCAUGGAGGUGUCCUCGUACGGGGACCUCAACCUGCCCAGCCACGGCGGCGGCACGGCGACCAGCCAGAGCCAGGGCAUGCUACAGCCCCCGCCGGGUCCCGGCCUGAUGCGCUCCAAGAGCGACCACCGGCUGGCGGCCCAGUUCCGGUCCCAGCAGGAAGCCCAGGCCUGGAACGCCGACGAGGAACCGCUGCUCGGGGGCCGCAAGUUUGGUGAGCGGCCCGCGAAACCGCCGGCCGCCCAGGAGCGCGACCGGUACGGUGAGUCGCGGUAUGGCCGGGGCGGAGCGACCGACUACGACUACGACGAUGACACGUCGCUCUCGUCGAGCCGCACCGGCAAGGGCCGUUUCCGGUCUCGGUUCGCCCGAAGCCACCAGCUCGACAACGACUCGGACAACGAGUCGAAGCCGGGCGGCGGCAAGGCAGCCGCCGGCGACGGGGCAAAGGACGCCGCCAAGGUCACCAGCACGGAGGACUGCGCCAAGGGUCCGCUCAGUGGCAUCUUCCGGCUGAUGGACUCGCCACGCGUCAUGAAGCGCCUGCAGGACCAGGAGAAGGGCAAGAAGAAGCCGUCGCCCGCCGCGACCCCGACGCUGGCCAAGCCAUCGCCACUGGCGGGCGUGAAGCCGAAAGCCGGCGCACCGACCGCCACCGCCCGCCAGAUCUCCGAGGACGAUGAGAUUGCGAAAAUCAAACGUCAAAACAAGGGAGCGUCCAGCUCGACGACGACGGCUGUCGCGGCCACGACCGCUGCCGCUACGGCCGCAUCCGCCGAACCGGAACGACCGACCACCGACCGGGUGUCGGCCCUGAAGACCGGACGCACCGCGACGCCCACCUCCGACCUCGACAGUGACAGCAGCCCGUCGACGCCUGCGGGAGGAGGCCGCCGCUCAUCGCCCCACGUCGAGGCUGACAGCGAUCAGGACCAGGACUCGGAGACGAACCGCCGCGCCAACUCGCGCCAAUCGUCCGCCAAACCGGCGACGACGGCGAAGAAACCGUCCGUGGCCCGAUCGGCCAGCAGCGAGUCGAACUCGUCCAGCGAGAGCUCUCGCGCUUCGCCCGCACCUGCGGCGACGGCACGGGCAGCGGAAUCGGAAGCGAAGCCCAAGACGAUCCUGAAGAACGCCAACGAAAACGCACAGCGCGCCACGACGAAUGGCGAAACGGCCAAGAAGCCGUUUCAGAGUCGCUUCCUGCCUCAGACGGUGACGACGAUGGCGCCCAAGGAGCCGGAAGCGAAGAAGGAGGAAUCGGACAGCAGCUCCGAGGAGGAAUCGUCUUCCGAGGAAGAGUCCGAGGAGGAGGAAGAGGAGGAGGAGAAGCCGGCGACGGUGGCCGCACCGGUGGCUGCUGCUGCGUCGAUCCCGACCACCGUGUCCUCGCGGACGCACGAGUCCUCGGCCUCGACCAACUCGCGCGGCAGUCCGUCCAGUCCGCUGUUCGGUCGAAUGGCUCGCCAGGACUCGUCGGACAGUGGCUCCCGGAAGACGUCGCGCGACGAGGCGACGCGCCCGUCCGUGACGGGGUACUCCAGCCCGACCAGCUACCGGUCGCACCAGAACCACUACGAGCGUGACGAGAGUCCGAAGUACGGGUCGUCGGCGAGCGGAUCGUCGGCGCUGCGGUCGCGGACCACGAGCCACGCGGCCGAGCCGGACGACAACAAGUACGGCAGCGGGUCCGGGUACACCAGUCGGUUCCUGAACAAGAGCAAGAGCACGGCGGUGGUGGCCCCGGAGGAUGAGGGCACCGACGACUCGGACGGUCGGCACGGGGUGGGCCGCAGCCGGUUCACGACGGCGCUCCAGGACCGGAGGACGCGCCUUGCCCGAAGCCGCUCGUCGCACAACUUCGGCAACGACGACGAGGAUGACGAGCCCGUCUCGCCGACUACCUCAUCGCCGUCGGCCUACCUUGCGUCCAGAUACGGUGCAUCCUCGUCGCUGGCCAGCCAACCAUCGGACCUGUCCCGCAGCCGCUCGACGCACGCCCUCAAGUCACGCGAGCCAUCACCGGACCGCGGAACGAGUGGCACCGGUGGCGACAAGGACGGGGCCGCCCUCAGUUCGUGGGCCCGCUACCUGAAGAACAAGUACGGCAACCGGUCGACGAAGGACGGCAAAGAUGGCGGCUCCUCGACGUCGGGCGCCGGUUCCUCGUCGCUGUCAUCGGCCUCGUCGAGCAGCGCGUCAGCGUCAGCGUCGUCUGCGGCGGCUGCGGCCGCCGCCCGGCGGCUCAGCCUCGGUUUGCCCCUGCGCCAGACCGACAUUCACAGCUCGGACGACGACUCAAAAAACGGGGUAGGCUCCCCUACCUCUCCUACGGCAGCGGCAGUAGCCGGUAUACCCGGGGCAGCAGGUAUGUCCCCUAGGACGCAGUACCUGCAGAAGCGCCGGCAGCUGUUCCAGAUAGGAGGUCGGGGGAGCGAACCAGGUUCCUUCACGUGGCCGCGCGGCAUCGCCGUCGGCCCGGACAACGUCGUCGUCGUGGCGGACUCGUCCAACCACCGCGUCCAGGUGUUCGACUCCAACGGCAUCUUCGCCAAGGAGUUCGGCCAGUACGGCAACGGGGACGGCGAGUUCGACUGCUUGGCCGGGGUGGCGGUCAACCGGAUCGGCCAGUUCAUCAUCGCCGACCGAUACAACCACCGCAUCCAGGUGCUGGAUCCGGCCGGUCGAUUCUUGCGAUCCUUUGGCUCGCAGGGCACCACCGACGGUAAAUUCAACUACCCGUGGGGCAUCACCACCGAUGCCCUCGGUUUCAUCUACGUGUGCGACAAGGAAAAUCACCGGAUUCAGGUAUUCCAAUCAGAUGGAUCAUUUAUUGGCAAGUUUGGCACCUGCGGCAAGGAAAAGGGCCAGCUCGAACACCCGCACUACAUCGCCGUGUCCAACACGAACCGCGUCAUCGUUUCCGACUCCAACAACCACCGGGUGCAGAUAUUCGACGUCAACGGUCGCGUUCUGACGACGUUCGGCGGCGAAGGCUCCGAGGAAGGUCAAUUUAAAUUCCCAAGAGGCGUCGCUGUCGAUGAUCAGGGCUACAUCUGUGUGGCCGACUCGGGCAACAACCGCAUCCAGAUCUUCCAUCCCGACGGGAGCUUCUUGCGCGCGUUCGGAUCCUGGGGUUCCGGCGAUGCCGAGUUCAAGGGGCUCGAAGGUGUCGCCAUCAUGUCGAACGGAAAUAUUUUGGUGUGCGACCGCGAGAACCAUCGCGUGCAGGUGUUUUAGGUGCGUUGCGUCAGGCCGUCAGACCCUUCGAUGGAUUCGCCAUGUCGCCGGCGACCCAACUGUCGACUCUACUGUACUGUUGACAUUGUUUCGAAAUCACACCCGCUGCUAUCCCAAUCGAUUCCCAAUCGGGAAAUCUUUCAUUUCCUUCGCCGUGCAUUGAAUGCAAUCAAAAGUUGUGAUCAAUUUCGACCAAUGUUCGACUGGCAAACUCACCGAGGCUGCCGAGCUGAACGGACGGGCCCGAAAUGCCGUGCCCGGGGGAAAAUAGUUACGUGCGUCACCGAGCCCCCCCCCCUCUAGGACGCAGUAAUGGCGGCCGCAAAACACACACGCAUAACAAAUUUUGCGAACAGCGUACGAACGAAGCAAAAAAGUGGAGUUUAAUUUACCAACGAUGGAAACGAUGAAAAUGGAGAAAAGGAUCCCGACAAUGUCCGACGGAGUGCGAUGCCGAGUGGUGGUGGAGUUUUGUUAGGUAGCUAGUUGCAAUAAAGUUUUUUCUGGAGUUUU